UGAUGUGAUGCUCAAUCCCGAUUUCCAAAUGCUAAACGAUCACAUUGUAUGGCACAGAUCCAAUGCAGAAAUUGCACUACCAAUCGAUCUGAAUGAAAUUGAUUUUAAAGUGAAAGGUCAAUUGUACGACAGUUUUCACGCGUUUAUUGGUGAUAUCGAGUGCAUUUUGCACAAUUGCUUCAUACACUCAGGAUCUAAUUGGAUCAUCAUGAAAGCUGCCAGUAAUUUAAUAAAAUUUUGUGCCCAGGAAUUCGAAGAAAUUUGCAGUUGCUACGAUUGUUAUGAAAAGAAGCGUUUAAAAUCAAAUGAAUGGCGUAAAAUGGUCUGCAAUAAGCUGCACUUGCUGCUCUGGGUAAAGUUAUCAACGAAAGCAAUGCGAUCGCAAAAUUGUUGGCCAUGUGAAAAAGAUUUUAACUACUGGCCGGCCAAAUUCAUUUCGUUCACACCAAAUCAAACCUCUAUCAAAGUCAUUUUCUUCGGCCAUAAUAAUUUUGUCGAUGUUCCGGCAGAAAAUUGCCAACUGUUUACAAUCAACUCAUCAUCACCGAUCAAUAAAGCACACCGGAUGACCGGCAUUGGUCUGGCCAUCGAGGAGCUGAAACAGUAUACAGCGAGCAUUAAACGGAAGUUUAACUGUCGAUUUGUGGACACAUUGCCAUGCACACCGUUUGAUUUGGAACGUAUUGAGGAACACAUGAAUGCAAUGUUUCCGGGAUACAACGACCGUUUGCCAACACAGCACAGUCUCGCAAGCACACAAGGUAAAGAAAGUAUCUUAUAUGAUGGCCACAUCGAUAAUGGUGGCGUCGACGAAAUUCCAGCGAAAAAACAACGGUUGAACAUUUCAAAGGAAGUGGAUUGCUUUCAGCAGAUGUCAAAAUUAAAGUCAAAACUCGAAAUUCAAAUGUCUGAAUUAAACACUUUGAUGCGACAACAUGCCAAUAGUGAACCUUUAAACAAGCAGUUGAACGAACGUUUGCAAGCCGUCACAUCUGAACGGAAUAAACUAAGAAUGAAUGCAAGCAUCGAAUUGAACCAAAUAUCAAACGCUCACGCCAGAGAAGUGACAGCUCUCAAUGAAAAACUUUCCAUCGAAAAGAUGAAGAAUAAACAAAAGUGCUCUCGGAUUCGGUCACUAAAUCGCGAGAUUGCUAAAUCCAAGUACGAAUUAUGUCUUCGCGAGGAGAAAACACACCAACAAGCGCUGACUGAAAAUCAAACAAAGAUCGAUGACUUAUUGGCAGAAAUCCAAGUCAUGAGUGCUGAAAAUGCGAGGGCAACCGAAGCAAUAGCCACUAUGAAAGAAAAUCAUCAAAAAUCGACCAAACAACUGCGCGACAUCCUCGCAGCUGGUCACAAAAAUGCGAUGAAAUUAUUUGAAACCAAAUUAAGAAAAGAAUAUCAAAGUGAGAUCGCUUCUUUGAAUCAAACACACGUAAAAGUACUGAACGGUUUGCUGGCGCAAAUUCAAGAAAUGAAUUCAAAAAUGUUGGCCAAAAAAUGCAAUGGAAUCGACGAAGAAGACAAAAGGAGAAUAGAGCAAGAAUGGAGCAAGAGUCUCGAAGCUGAUCAUCAAAAAGAGUUACAGGAACUUCGUGAACUACACAAAAAGGAAUUGGACGAAAAAGAACUUGCCAAAGAACGAAUUUUGAUUGCCAUUGAACAAUUUCCGGAUUUUAUAGCACAUCAACUUUCCGCAUUCACCGAACACCUUUCAAAAUGAAGACCAUGCGCUAUAAACACUCCAAAGGACUCACCAAACAACUUCAUCGCUUAAUUUCAUUCCAAUUUUUUUUUCAAAGUUAAUAUAAAUUCGUAAUUCUCUCAAAUA